AUGGCGUCUCCCAUGGCGCAUUCACGGACACAGCUGCUGAUGGCCGCUUUUGCAUUCAGUGCAUUAUGGAGCUCUGUGCUUUCCAUCACCCGCUACUCUAUUCCGGAGGAGAUGGAAGCGGGCUCCUUUGUUGCCAACCUUGCCACAGAUUUGGGUCUAGAUGUCCGAAGCAUGGUGGAACGGAAAGCAAAGCUGGACGUCAUUCACAGCAGAAAUUACCUUGACAUCAACAAAGACACCGGAGAGCUCAUCAUCCGUGAGAAGAUCGACCGGGAGAGCAUCUGCAUGACUAAAACAGCCUCAUGCUUUCUGAAAAUGGAUGUCAUACUAGAAAACCCGAUUCGUAUUUUUAACAUCGAACUGGAGAUCAUGGACAUUAAUGACAACGCGCCCGUGUUCCGGAGGAAGACCAUUUAUUUGGAUGUUUCCGAGGCAACCCCUCCCGGUGAGAGAUUCUCGUUAACAAAUGCUGUAGAUGCAGAUGUUGGUGCUAAUUCAAUCAAGACCUACUACCUAAGUGAGAGCAAAUACUUUAACAUUGACAUUCAAACUGGCAGCGAUGGCUCCAAAUAUGUCGAUUUGGUUCUUAAUGGCAAUUUGGACCGGGAGACGGACACGGUGCAUAAUCUGAUUUUAACCGCUGUGGAUGGCGGGGUUCCUCCUCGAUCCGGCACAGCCAGCAUUAUUAUCAAUGUCCUCGAUAUCAAUGACAACGCCCCCCUGUUCAUUCAGCCGGUAUUUGAAGUCAACGUUCCAGAGAAUUCCGGUGCAGGAACUGUGGUCAUGGCCUUAAAUGCAACAGAUUUGGAUGAAGGCACAAACGCACGGUUGUUAUAUUCUUAUACUCUCUACACAUCCGAGAAGACGCAGGAGCUCUUCUCGCUGGACCGACAUACAGGCGAGAUCAAGGUGAAGGGGGCUGUUGAUUUUGAGGAGAAUCAGAAUUUUGAGAUGCACAUUCAAGCUCAGGAUGAAGGGUCAACCCCGCUGUUAGGACACUGCAAAGUGAUGGUGUCCAUCACCGAUUUGAAUGACAACUACCCCGAGCUGACCAUCAAGUCUCUAAAAAGUGCUGUGGCCGAAAAUACCGCCGUGGGGACGCUGAUUGCCGUGGUCAGCGUCAGCGACAGGGACUCCGGAGUCAACGGGGAAGUGGAGCUGACUUUAAGUCAGCAGGAAAUCCUACCCUUCAUCCUCAAUCAAUCCUCAGAGGGUUACUUUGAGCUCUUGGUUUCAAAGCCCCUUGACAGAGAGCUACAGAGCAAAUAUGAAAUCACGCUGAAGGUGACGGACAAAGGCACGCCGCCGCUAACUGAAAGCGAGACCUUCACUUUAGAGAUUCAUGAUAUCAAUGACAAUGCGCCCACAUUUCCUCAGUCCUUUUACACGAUUCACGUUAUGGAAAAUAAUCUGCCGGGAGCAUUGCUGACAUCUCUGAGUGCGCUUGACCCAGAUCUGAAUGAGAACCAGUACUUGGUCUAUUUCAUUAUGGAGAAGGAGAUAGUGAACACAUCCAUGUCAAUGCUGUUCUCCAUCAAUCCAGAAAACGGUGACCUUUAUGCCCUGAAGACCUUUGAUUUUGAGCGAGAGAGGGAGUAUCUUUUCCACAUUGAGGCAAGAGACUCGGGGGUCCCCCCGCUGAGCAGUAAUGUUACCGUCCAUAUCAUCAUUCUGGACCAAAACGACAACACCCCUGUCAUAGUGUCACCGUGGCGGGCGCAGGGCUCUGUGGUAGAGCAGGUGAUACCGAGAUCUACGGAUAAGGGACACUUAGUGGCCAAAGUAAUCGCCAUUGACGCCGACUCUGAACAAAACGGCAGGGUCACAUAUCAGCUCUUGCAAAUCAGUGACACAAGCCUCUUCAGUCUGGAUCAAUACAACGGCGAGAUCCGGACAACCAGAAUGUUCAGCUACAGAGACCCCCGGCAUCAACGUCUAGUCAUUGUCGCAAAAGACAACGGCGACCCCGCUCUCUCCACCACAGUCACUAUCAAAAUAUCCACCGUGGAACACUCCAUGGCUUUUUCAGAGACAACAGAGUUGCCGCUGGAGUAUGACGUCUUCACUGACCUCAACCUAUAUUUAGUCAUCGGCUUAGGGGCUGUCUCCUUCAUGCUGCUCAUUACCAUCUUGGUUAUUAUCGUACUCAAGUGUCAAAAACCAAAGCCAAAGCCCAUCAAGAUCCCCCCGGCUAAUCGGAACAGUGUGAUCAGCAGGAACAGUGUGAUCAGCCAGCGGAGCUCCACCAUUGCCGACUCCACCUUGAUCUCCAGUGACGCCUACUGGUACAGCCUGUUCCUGGCCGAGACCAGGAAAGGCAAAGUGGUCGUGAGACAGCCCAUAAUUCCCAAAGGAGCUGGCUACUUUGUGUCCAGCAUACCCAGGAGCAUAGGGCCAAGUGAGACCACAGAGUCCAGAGCAUCCACACUGGAGUACUCAAAAUGAAAAGGAGUCCAUUCUACAA